AUGUUAUUGAGAAUUCAACGGUCAAUGUCUUCGCCGUGUGGAGGCCGCGGAGAAGGCACACGGUUGUUAACGCAUCAAGAUUCUUCCCUCUCUUUGAAGCAUUCAAUUUCAAGCUGGCUGCUAUAGAAGAUAGAUUCUCUAUAAUCCAGAAGCUUUAG